AUGGCCGCUUCCUCCACGUCGUCGCUCACAACGCUCCACUCCUGCUGUUUCCUCUCUUCCACUCCUUCCUCGCCCUACAUGGCGGCGCUGCCCCGACGGCGAAGGGCGGGAGCGCGGUACCCUCGCAUCCGGGCCAUUGACCUCGACCAGAACACGAUUGUGGCCAUAUCGGUGGGCGUCGUCAGCAUCGCCGUGGGAAUAGGUGUCCCUGUGUUCUACGAGACUCAAAUCGACAAUGCCGCAAAGAGGGAGAAUACACAGCCGUGCUUCCCUUGCAGUGGUUCUGGCGCGCAGGUAUGCAGGUUUUGCAGUGGAAAGGGCAUUGUUACUGUAGUACUUGGUGCAGGAGAGACUGAAGAAUCACAGUGUGUCAACUGCGAGGGCAUCGGCUCUUUGACAUGCACUACAUGCCAAGGCACUGGGAUCCAACCACGCUAUCUUGACCGCAGGUAA